AUGCCUAAUGGAUUGGAAGAAGUGGUUCUUAGGACCCUGAAACAUUCUCUUCAGCCCAUGGUAGAGGACAUCUCUGUGAGCUGGGAUUUGCCUCCUGGUCUAUCUGCUAAAAUGCUUUCCCCAGAACCAACUGUCAUCUUUAAGGGUCAGAGGUUAAUUGUCUAUGCCCAGUUGAUGGGGGUGAUGCCACCAGAAGAGACAACAGGAAAAGUAUGCCUCAAGUAUGCAUUCCAGGGCAAGAGUUUUGAGGAUAAGGUGACAUUUUCUCUACAACCCAAGCCCGAUGCCAACUUCACCAUUCACCACCUUGCUGCCAAGGCCUUUAUUCAGACCAAGGACAUGGGCCUCAUGGAGACUCCAGGAAGUUAUAAAAGUGAAGUAUUGAACAUCAGCCGUGAAUCUGGAGUCAUAAGCUCCUUCACAGCUUUCAUUGCUAUCAACAAGGAGCUCAACAAGCCAGUUCAGGGACCCCUGACUUAUAUGGACAUUCCAAGGCCAGUUCUGUUAAGAAGGCUCCAAGGAAGUGAUGCUGAAGAACAUAGUGUAUUACAUCACUCUUCUCUACUGAGUUCUGAACUGGUGAGAAGUAAGAUAUAUCGGAGAUAAAAUAUCCCCUUUUAUCACACACAUUUGGUGAUGAAGACACUAAUUUAGUCUGCUGCCCCUGAGUAGCUGCGGGAGGACGCUGGCCCACGAGGCUUCUCGCAGCCAG